CUUUUCCAAUUAUUGUUCGUUUUGCCUGAACAGCGUCCUCGAGGAUAAGUACAACGUCCCUGAGACUUCGACGAUCAAAUGUCCAACGUAUCAGACCCAGCGUCUCUACCGUCUACUGCCGUCUCAGAUGACGGUGUUGUCGAUGAUCCACUGGAACUUUCAUUGCUGCAAAAUAUGUCUCUGAAUCUCCGCGAUUCCACGGAUCACGAGCUGUGCACAGCUCCAUUUUUUACUCGAGACGUAUAUGAGCUUGCUAGACCGCGCGCGAGUUUCCCGCAACGCGGCUUGUUGGGCUCGGUAAUAGAAGUCUUCGACAAAAACGGGCCCUGCAAAAACCACGAAUGCAAGGACUCCAGAGUCUACUUCAACACCAAUGCACCAUGUUCAACAUUGGUUUGUGGAGUUCAAGGCUCCGGCAAAUCGCACACCGUCUCGAUUUUGCUGGAAAACAUGCUCAUCCCCAAGUAUCCGAGCAUUGGGGUCCUAGAAAAGCCGCUAAGUGGUCUUGUGCUACAUUUUGGAGAGGGCGGCCCGUAUACACAACCUUGCGAGGCCGCUUGGCUGGGGCUGUCGCGGAUUGCCUCAGUCAAACCGCCGCGCGUGCGGGUUUUUGUGUCCAGCUCGUCCCUGGAGACCAUGAAGGCCGUGUAUGCGCCGCUUGGCGCAAACAUCACUGUCGAACCCCUUCUGUUCAGCGAGGCAGAGCUCGAUGCACAGGCCUUCCUUUCGAUGAUGGCCAUCGGUGCAUCUGAUCAUGUGCCGCUAUACAUGCAGACCGUCCUGUCGAUCUUGCGCGAACUUGGUGAGAAAUACACCUAUCAAGAGUUCAUCAACAGGUUAGCUGCGAAAAAGACAAAGUUCGUUCCCGCGCAGCUGGCUGGACUGGAGCAAAGGAUGGCUUUGCUCGAAUCUUUUCUGGACAAAAAGACCAGCCGAAAGUCGCGGGCAAAACCACCCAGGUUUGCUGCCGGCCAGCUCACCAUAGUCGACCUGUCAGAUCCGUUCAUUGACCCUGCGUCAGCGUGCGGAUUCUUCGAGAUUAUCACUCGGCUUUUCGUCCGCGCGAAGGUCGACACGGGCAAGGUGCUUGUCGUCGAUGAAGCGCACAAGGCACGUAGUAUCAGCCUUGCGUCGCGAUAUUUGUCUGAUCUUCUCCUGUCGCUUAUUAGGCAGCAAAGACAUCAAUCAAUGCGCGUUAUCAUAAGCACGCAGGAGCCGACCGUUGUCCCGCCAGUCUUGAUUGGUUUAUGCAGCAUAACCAUUCUGCAUCGAUUCUCCUCGCCGGCAUGGUGGAAUCAUGUCGCAAAACACAUCGCAGCGGAUGUCGAUCACAACGAGGCGUUCGACAAGGUGGUGAAUCUGCAGACGGGCCAAGCCAUCGUGCUGGCUCCCGCAGGCAUGGGUGUGUCCACCAUACCGUCGACCAAGACCCCCGAGCGCGAAUACAAGGCCUCGAAGUCUCUGCAGCAAUUUGGGCGUAAGUGUGUGCUCAUCAAGACCAGGCAACGGGUGUCCACGGAUGGGGGCGCGUCCCUAUUGGUCGUGGAUGUCUGACGUGCAACUGGCUCCUCGCGUGGCUUGCUGCCUAUAUAAUCUUGUACUAUCUAUUGGCUAUAUUGAAAGUGGUCGUGCGUCGCG